UUUUCCGAAUAAAAGCCUCGAUUUCGGUAUUGUAUAUUUGUAGCUUGUAAUAUCAAAAACGAGGCCAAUCGUGUAUAUCUGUCAAAACGAAACUGUAAAAAACCCCAGUGGAUUAAAAUACGAUGUCCAUCGAUUCUUUGAUAUAAUGUAAGUUGUUUUUACAACAGAAAACAUUGCAGUCGGGAUAACCGAUCAUUGAGAAAGGACCAUAUGAUACUGGUACAUGUACAUUUUGACAUUUGAUGUAAUCUGAUAAACUGCACAGUCAAUCCUAGAACUGAAUUGGAAGUAGCAGGACAUUAAUUAAACCACAUACUUAGGAUGCCUGUGGAUGUCAAUGAAGUUGUGGCAGUGUGUGCUGACUUGGCAGAUGAAAAAAAUCUCCGCGUGACAGUGCAAGAAGCACUAAAAGGUGGUCUGAUUGCUGGUGCUACUACAGUAGCAGGGGGGUUGUUGUUAGGACCAGUGGGGUUUGCUGUAGGAGGAGCUGUAGGUGGAGCUGCAGCCUAUGCGAAUGCACAGGGAAAAUUCAAACCUGUUUCCACUGUCCUAAAAGAAAUGGAGCCUGAGAAAAAGAAAAUUUUGUACGAUCGUGUGCAGCGCAUUAUAAGUGGCAUUACCAUUGAAGAUGGCAUUGCCUUGCUGGCUCUCAUCCAUUCAAGUGAAUCAAUGCAAGCAAAGUUCAUGGGUGCAAUCAAGUUUCUCGUUCAAGAUCAGUUGAAGAUGGAGCUAAUAGAUGGUCUUUAAAAACAUUUAGCAAUGCCUUGGUGUCUAUGGUAUUUGAUAAAUGUCUUACAUUGAGUUUGAUAUAUAACAGUAUUUAUUAUAGUUAUAUGUACCAAGUGUCCUGAAUUUCUUUUGACAACUUUUUGUUCGAUUCCAAAUUCUUAGGCUCUGUUCCUACCAAGUUGUUCUGCCUACUAACUGAUGGGCUGAUCAUAUAUGGUUGACCCACUUGAUACCUUUCCAUGUAAUCCCCUAAUGGAUUCCCCAUGGGGAAUUCCCAGCAAGUUUUCAAGUGGGUCGGCCAUAUAUGAUCAGUGGAUCAGUUUUAUCGACAGAUUGACUUGGUCAUGAACAGAGCCUAAUGUAUAUCAGUAUAUAUGUUUUUGAACAAUGUAUUUCUUAAUAAGGUUACAUGCAUUCCUUGCAUUUUCACUUUGCAUGAAUUUGCAACUUUUGAGGAGUAGGUAUUAUUUUAUUUCUUUUGUAAGAAUGCAACAUGAAUAUGAAUACAGGUUUUUACAAAGAAAAUUGUAAAAUGAAAGACAAGAGGUCCCUAGUAGAAUCCCUUUGACUUUAUUUUUUACAGAACAUUGUAGUGUAGCUAGAGCAGCUUCUUUUUGAAUGGUGUACUGUAUAUGUCAAUUCAUUCUUUGGCAUUCAAAACUGUUUGAGGAAAAAAUUAAUGGAUGAGGUAUUGUGCAAUAUAUCUUCUUCAUUAUUUUCUUUUAAGAUAUAGCGCUGUUGGUAUUAUUUCAUUACUUUGGCUAUUACUACGUAUAUUGGUUAUAUUUUCAUCAGCAUUGGUUUGCCUAUGUGUUUAAUAGUUUAUUUGUCUAUAAGCCUCUAUGUUAGUGGAAAAGAUAUUUUGAAAAAGAUUUCCAGCUUUUAAUAAAAAUUUCUGGACUCAAGAAUUGAUUGCAAUUUCAAUUGAAUCUGGGUCUCCUUAUGUUCAAGUCAUGUGACUAAUGGUACUUUUUUCAUUGGUGGAUGUUUGCACUCUUGGAGUGCCCUCCAGUUUAAAUUUGUCACUGAUAAGACAAAAUAAGUUUGAACUAAUUUGAUUACAGUAAGACAUUUAAAAUGUGUAACUUUGUCUGAUAUCAGCUUAUACUCAAUCAAAAAAUGCAAAAUAUUCUCUGGGAUGUAAAUUACUGGUGAUAUUAACAAUGGUUGUGUAUGGGUGAGUGAUCGGGGGGGGGGGCUUUUUUGCUCCUUAAUUUUUUCUUGUUCAACUACUGAUAUUUUAGCAUAUCUCAAAUAUAUGAACAUACUAAAAGUGGCUGUGUCUAAUGUCUUGUAAUGAGGGUUUAAUAUUUGUUAGAAAAAUAUUUUGUACUUUUUAUUGAUUUUUUCUAAAUACGUUUGAUGAUUUGUUCUUUUACAGGGGGCUGUAGCAAUAGUCCGAAGGUUCAGUAGUCUGAAUGUUCACUAUAAAACCUUGGGACCAAUGAACCCUUGAUUAAAAAACUGAAGAAAAUGUUACCAUUUUGGUUACAUCCCUAUACAUCCCCGCACCAAUACUCCCCCGCACCGAUACUCCCCCGCAGUAUCGAUGUGGGGAAGCAAUGAUGUGGGGGAGUAUCGGUGUGGGGGAUUAACAGUGGCCCAAAUCGGCAAUUUUACUGGGGAUGUAUCAAUGCGGGGAUCUAUCAGUCAUAUCGAUGCGCAUAAUACACAAAAAUUUACUAAGGGGGAUUGUUGGUGCAGGGGAGUAAUGGUGCAGGGGAGCAUCGGUGCGGGGGAGUAACGGUGCGGGGGAGUAAUGGUGCGGGGGAAUAUCGACAUGACCCCACCAUUUUUCAGACCAAUGAACCUUCGGACUAUCGAGAUGCCCCCCUUUUUAAAGUGUAUGCAAGUAUCACAAGAGUCUGUCAAUAUUGUAAGUUGCAUAUUACAGCAAUAACACUAAAGCAGGACAUUAUAUGGAUGAAACUUACCCAUAUCUUCUAUAUCACUAAUAUAUAUAGACAAAAUAUAAAAUAACUUAAUUUUUUACAGAUUAUUCCUUGUAAGUUAUGUUGUUUGUUUGUAUAGUAUGUUGACAGACAUUUCAGUAUUACCAAGAUGUAUACAGUGCAAGAGAAGGAUGACCAAUUCACAAAACAGGCUAAAGAUUUAUUGCAAUGUUUACAUUUUUUUUCCUCGGGCAGAUAUUGUGGUAACUCUAUAUCACACCAGUUGGUGAUCAAAAAUUGAUGCAGUCAUUAUGAUAAAGAUGUGUGCAGAAAUAUUUAAACCAGACACAAGAGAUUGUUGACUAUGCUUUAGCAUCAUAUCUAGAAUCAAAUUUGAUACAUGUUUUACUCACCUACAUUUGUACAUGCACAUGACUGUGUAAUUGUUAUAUGUGUGUGCAUGUAUCACAAUGAGAUAUUUUUAUUACUCAGAAGUAGAUUUGGUGAAUUGAUUUUUUUU